AUGAAGUACCUUGUCUCCGGGGAGUUGCCGCAAGACAAAAAAGUAGCUCAAAAGCUGCUUUAUCAGGUGCCUCAGUAUGUGAUCAUUGACAGUAAGCUAUACAAGCAAAGAUAUUCAUUGCCUUUGUUCCGAUGUGUUUCCAAGAAAGAAUCCAAUCUUAUACUCCACGAAGUGCAUGAAGGUUUUUGCGGGGACCAAGCUGGGGGGGCAGAGCCUUGCCAAGAAAAUCUUAAGACAAGGGUACUUCUGUCCCACUAUGAAUGGUAUGAGGUCCUAAAGAGAUUCUUCUCCUUAGCUCACCCACAGGCAAACGAUCAGGUUGAAGCAGUCAAUAAGACACUUAAAGCCACCUUGAAGAAAACACUAGAACAGGCAAAAGGCGCAUGGCCCGAGGAAUUGUCGAAGACAUUGUGGAGUUACCACACUGCUGCCCAGACCUCCACUGGUUCUCCAUGGCCUACGGGUACGAAUCCAUGCUCCCAGUUGAGGCAGAAAUCUUAA